AUGGUCAAAUGUCCAGACUGUGGCGCUGGCGCCGAUCUAACAGCUGAUGGCUCCCACGCCCAUUGUGCCUCCUGCAACAACAUCUUCGAACCCGGCAAAGAAGGAUCAGGUGAAAAAGGCUCAGGAAGCAGCUCAGGCGACAGCAAAACGUCGGAAUCACAGGCUCAGACGAAGGGAAGCAGUACCAAGGACGACGGGGAGGAGCAGUCGAAGUAA